UCCAUCACGACGCAGAAAGCUACAAAGCCGGAUAAUUUGAGUAACAAAACAAUUCCGAGUCUCUUCCAGGGUCGGGCACGGCCGAGUUUAUCGCUCCUGCAGGACUUUUCACUGACGCGCUCUUUAUCCCGGAUCGUUCCGUCAUCACAGCAAGAUGGACGAGUUGGAUGAGACUCAGCUGAAGGACAUGGUGGAAAGUCUGAAACAGCAGCUGGAUUUUCCGAGAGAGAAAACGUCCGUGUCGAUCCCCGAGCUGGUGAAAUGGGCCGAGGGGAAAAUGCCCGAGGAUCCGUUCCUGAACGCCGAGCUUCUGAAGGUCAACCCGUGGGUGGAGACCGGGAAAUGUGUGGUUAUCUAGCCACAGCUGGAGCUUUCUAGAAACUUCUGUUCGGUCGACGUCAUCGUAGCUAUAAUGUAAUCAUGUAACGAGUUGAGAAGUGACGCUGUGUGUGUGUGUGUGUGUGUGUGUGUGAGAGAUCUUUCUGUAAGGAAAACCAUCUAGAAAUAAAGAC